AUGGGGGAGAAUAAUGAGAGCGACAUUAUAGAGCAUCACGUUGAUGAGGAGAUGGAGAAAAAAACAGCGAGGUGCCACACCGCGUCCUCCCCGCUGCUGGAGAGCAGUCCGUCCGAGAGAGAGGGCCGGAGCGGCAGCAGCACCCAGUCCUCCCACAGACUGCUGGCCUACAGCGACGCUCUCAUCUCCAUCAUUGCCACAGUCAUGAUUUUACCGGUUGCCCACACUAAAUUGGAAGAUAAUGAGGAGUUGAGGGAGAGCGUUCAGCUUCUGCUAACGACAAAGAUAGCCGUCUAUCUGAUGACCUUCCUGAUCGUGACCAUGGCCUGGGCCGCUCACAUCAGGUUGUUCCAGGUCAUCGUCCGUAUUGAUGAUUGCCUCGCUCUGCUUAACCUUGCGUGUAUGAUGCUGAUAACCUUCCUGCCCUACACAUUUUCUUUGAUGGCAACCUUCCCUGAGAACAUGCUGGGGAUUUUACUCUUCUGCGGCUGUGUGAUGGUAAUGGGAGUCAUUCAGUCGGUGAUUGUGGUUUACGCCUUCAGCCGGCCCUUCCUGCUCAACGAGCAGAUCCAGAUCUCAGAGAACCAGACCUUCUACAAACAGCACAUCCUGAAAGUCAUCAUGAGGGUUCCCAUCAUGUGCUUCUUCGCCAGCAUCUUCUCCUUCAUCUUCUUCCCACUGUCUUACGUUCUUCUAGCCAUCAUCACCUUCCUGCCUUACAUCUCCCAGUGCCUGAAGUGGUGCCGCAGCAAAGCCAUCGGCCAGGUGGAGGACACUCCAGACUCCAUGGUGUUCUACACCUACCUUCCCAACGAGCCGCUCAGCAAAGAACGGGUGGAGGCUUUCAGUGACGGCGUUUACGCCAUCGUAGCAACACUUCUGAUCUUGGACAUUUGCGAGGACAACGUUCCUGACCCGACAGUCGUGGAGAAGCAGUUUGGCGGCAGCCUGGUAGCAGCCCUGAAGGCCUACGGCCCGGAGUACCUCGCCUACUUCGGUUCCUUCGCCACGGUCGGCCUCCUCUGGUUCGUCCACCAUUCUCUCUUCCUCCACGUCACCAAGGCGACGCGCUUCAUGGGCUUGCUGAACACAUUCUCCCUGGCGUUUGUUGGAGGUUUGCCUUUAGCCUACCAGCUGACGCACGAGUUCCCGCGUAACUCCCAGAACGAGCUCGAGGCCAUUCAGAUCAGCUGUGUGAUCAUCUUCUUCGCUGGUAUAUUCCAGCUCUCCAUUUGGGUGGUGGCGCUUUACAGCGAGCAGGAAACGUUGCACCCUUACGUUUGGUACGGCGGGCGUGAGCAUGUGUUCAUGCUAGCUAAACUGGCUCUCUACCCCUGCAUUGCUUUGGGGACCUUUUUUCUUACCUGCAUCUUGAGUAAAUUUAGCACCUCCAUCUUCCACCUGAUGGAGAUCACGGUGCCUUUUGCUUUUCUUGUGCUGAGGCUCCUGGUGCGCGUUGGGCUGGCGAUUCUUCGCUUCACCUUCUGUCCCAACAGGUCCAAUCUGACAACUGUGGUGGACGAUGACGCGGAUGAAACAAGGGUGCCGUUUAAUGCUGUGGUCACCUAGAGGUUUUCUGAUCAGGUUUGUUGGGUUUACUGCUGGAAGGUGCCCCCCCGGUGGGUUUAACAUAAAACCUACAGGAGAAUACGUCCCUUUCUGUUAUUUGUUUAUAUCUGGAGCACAGAGCCAAACAGAUGGGAUAAAGAGCUUUCACCUGCACUGAAAGGGCAAUCCAAGUCCUGUAGAGGUAAAGGAAGCUCUCUGUAGAGAGGAGCUAAUAGCUAAGGCACUGGCGCAGGCAGCCAUUCAUUCAUUUUCUGUUAUCAGCAGCAACUUUUCUAAAGCCAUAUAACCGUCCAGAGAUCCAAAUUGGAUUUUCAUAGCAUGUUUAUAUUUUUCUCUCUUCAUGAGGAGCUGCAGGUUGAGUGAGUAACGUUUUUCUCAAGGCUAAACUAAUUUUAAAAGCAUUACCUAAGGGCAGAGUUCAGACAAUCUGUGGCGAGAGGCUAUAAACAGAACAUAUUUCAACUAUGGUUAAAACCUAGAUACAUGAUUUUUGGUGUAUUUGGCAGAUUUAACUUAUAAACGAAAUAAUUCUGGGUUUCCUUCUAGUCAUAUUUUUGCCCGUCCUCCAAGAAACCGGUGAACAAAUAAACUAAAGGCACAAAACUAUUAUUUCCCAACAUGGUGAUUGGAUAUAUGGGAUGUUGUGCUGCUGAUAAGAAUUGUAUUU